AUGGGCGCUAUCCUACUCCAAGGAGGCACAGUAUUAGCCCACGAGGGCGACCUCGUCAAGGUGCUCUGUGACCAUGAUAUUCUCAUUGUUGGGAAUAAGAUAGAAGAUAUCGGCCAAGGACUGACUCUGCCUGAUGGAAGUGCCGUGAGGGUCAUUGACUGCCAAGGCAAGAUUGUUUCGCCCGGCUUUAUCGACACGCAUCACCAUCUAUGGCAGUCACAGCGAAUCAAAAACUGGGCAUCUGAUACUUCUAUUGAGUUCGACGAGGAUCUACUACCAGAAUGGUGGUUAUCGACGCUCGAAUUGCUCGCGAAGUCCGCGCCCUUUGGAGACGGUCGGGUUCGUCUGGGAUUAGGUUUCGAUGAUUUCAAAGUCCCGAGAGAGACAGUGCGGGAUCUCUGGGCUAGAUGUCACGCGCUUGACUCCGUUUCCCUGCUCAAGGAAUACGACCUCCUCAACAGCAAAAUCCUAUUCUCUCAUAUUAACGGGAUCGCCGAGUCAGACGCCCAAAUCCUCCUCGCGUACGGAGCGCACUUCUCGUCGACCCCAGAAACAGAACUCCAAAUGGGUCUCGGCGAGCCUGUUGCAUUCAAUCCAGACUUGAGCUCCAACGCAUCAAUUGGAAUUGACUGCCACUCGAAUAACUCGGGCGAUAUCCUUACACAGCUCCGGCUUGGUAUGCAGCACGCUCGCGGUGUGGAGAAUGUGCAAGUGAGUGAAAAUGGGGAGUAUCCCAAUGUCAACAUCAAACUUGAAAGAAUAUUUAGUCUUGGUACAAUCCAAGGGGCACGUGCUGUGAAUAUGGCUGACAAAAUUGGGAGUCUCGAGGUAGGCAAAUUAGCUGAUAUUGUGAUUUUUAAUGCGACGUCACCAAGUAUGGUCUGUGCUGCUAAGGAAAAUCCACUCGCUGCGGUGUUGCUGCAUGCGAACGUGGGGGAUAUUGAGGUCGUGGUUGUUGACGGCGUCGUAAGGAAGGAAUGCGGAAAUUUGGUUGACGUACAACUCCUCGAUGGGAUUAAUGAAAGGCCAGGCGAGGUCCUUCACCAGAGAGAGAUUUCAACGCGUCUCUUGGAAAGUCGGGCGAGGAUUAUUGAACGGGGAAGGGGGCAAGAUGUAGGGCGGGGAAUGGAGUUUCUGUAUAAGACCUUUGGCUGA